UGAGGGGACGUCAUUGAAAAUGGUCAUUGAGGCGGAUUGUGCCUGAAGCGGUCAUUGAGUCACUACUCAGUACUCACUACUCCUCAGCCUCACCAACACUUUGUUGUGGUUGGGAGGUUCUUCUGUUUUCAAUUUCAUUUGGAUUUUGGAGUUUUUGAUCGAGGGCUGAGAUGGGCAAACACGAACCAGGGACGCCAAAAUACAUCGCCAAUAAGAUAAAGGCCAAAGGACUUCAAAAAUUACGAUGGUACUGCCAAAUGUGUCAGAAGCAGUGCAGGGAUGAAAAUGGGUUCAAAUGUCACAUAACUUCUGAAUCGCAUCAGAGGCAGCUCCUUUUAUUUGCCGACAAUCAGAACAGAUAUUUAGGCCAGUUCAGCAAAGAGUUUGCUGAUGGUUAUUUAGAUCUACUUAAGCGACGGUUUGGGACGAAGAGGGUACAUGCGAAUAGAGUCUACCAGGAGUAUAUUUCAGAUCGACACCACCUUCACAUGAAUUCAACCAGAUGGGUGACUCUCACCGGUUUUGUCAAAUGGCUCGGCAGGGAAGGCAAGUGUAUCGUCGACGAGACGGAAAAAGGAUGGUUCGUCACCUACAUCGACAGAGACCCAGAAACUAUCCGGAUGCAAGAAGCUAUUGCUCGGAAGGAAAAAAUGGACAAGGACGAUAAUGAGAGAAUGAUGGAGUUUCUUGAAAAGCAAAUCGAACGGGGUAAACAGGCAUGCAAAAGUGCAGAGGAGCAUGUGCCGACUGAUCUUGUAAGGAACAGCGAUGAAAAAAUCACUCUUGAGCUACCUGUAUUUAAAAAACCCGAACCCGUCGAUCUUAAGUCGUCUGCCCUAGCAAAACUGAAAGUGCAAAAAAAAGAAAAGGAAUUCAAUAAGAAAGAAGAAAAGAGAAAAAGUGCAUUAGAUGAAAUAAUGGAAGAAGAGGAAAGGCGGAGGAGUAAAGUACGCAAGAGAGAUUACUGGCUUGAAACAGACAUUGUUGUCAAAGUGGUCACAAAGUCGCUUGGAGAGAAGUAUGAGAAUAAAAAGGGAGUCGUGGAAGAAGUCAUCGACAAAUAUGUUGGGGUCGUUCGCAUGUUUGAUACUGGAGCCAAGCUAAAACUUGACCAAGCUCACUUGGAAACCGUCAUACCAGCGAUUGGGAGGAAAGUCAAAAUACUCAAUGGAGCCUACCGUGGUGUUAAAGCAGAACUGUUAGAAAUUUUCUCAGACAGGUAUUGCGUGGACGUUAAAAUUGCAUCUGGUCCUUUGAACGGAAAAAUAGUAAAGGGGUUACCUUAUGAAGAAAUAAGUAAACUGAAUACAUAAUUAACUUAUGCUCUAUUAUU